AUGCUGAAAAAUCAGGUUUUGACGAGACCUUUGAUCAAAGGUUCUCAAUUGAGAAAUGUGCCGAGAUGUGCACCCUUCAUACAGCAGAUGAUACCUAUCAGAACGUAUGGAUAUCUUCCGGUUAGGUCUACAAGCAAAACUACUCUUUCACUUUCGGAUUCCAAGCUGAAGAGCGCGUAUUUUGGUAUGAAGUAUGGGUUCCCUAUGAGAUACUCAUCCCAGACACCUCAAGAAUCCCAGAAACAAGAUGUCGCGGAAUCUCCUAAGCCUGAGCAAAAGCCUGUGGCGCCAGUAAAAAAGGCUUCCAUAUGGCAGCGGUUAAAGGGAGGUGUUUUACAUUUUUGGGACGGUACCAGACUUCUCGGUGUGGAAAUUAAAAUUUCCUCAAAGCUUGUUUACAAAAUGGCUGUCGGCUAUGAAAUGACGAGACGUGAGAGCCGUCAAUUGACCAGAACGCUCAAAGACAUUGGUCGUCUUGUUCCCUUCUCGAUGUUUGUCAUUGUUCCUUUUGCUGAAUUGCUUUUACCUAUCGCUGUCAAACUGUUCCCCAACCUUCUUCCUAGCACUUUUGAGGAUCCCAAGGACAAACAAGCAAAGAAGGAGAAGCUCCGUAAAGUACGUUCCGACGUUUCCGGGGUACUUCGGGAUACUAUUAAAUCUGGAAAAUUCACAUUUUCUGACGAAACCAGCAAAUCAAAGGAAUUCCGUGAUUUCUUUUUAAAGGUUCGUACUAGCGGACAAUCUCCUUCUCGUCAAGAAUUAAUUAAUGUUUGCCAAUAUUUCAAGGAUGACAUUACUCUGGACAAUUUGUCUCGUGCCCAAUUAAUUGCCCUUUGUCGAUACAUGAAUUUGAAUGCUUUUGGUACUGAUCCCUUGCUUCGUUACAACAUUCGCUCUAGAAUGCGCCAAAUUCGUCGGGACGAUCGUGCCAUCUACAUUGAGGGCAUCAACUCCUUGUCUGUUCCUGAACUCUUCAAUGCCUGCAACUCUCGUGGUAUUCGUUCCCAAGGUCUUUCUCCUGCUAAGCUCAAAGACGAAAUGUCUGUGUGGUUAGAAAUGCGUAUCAAGCACGGAAUCCCAUCUGUUAUUUUGAUGCUUUCCAACGCUUUCUCUUAUGGAUACCAUGAGGGUACUUAUGAAUCUCGCUGGGAUGCUUUGCAGGAUACACUUGCUUCAAUCCCCGAUGAACUCUACCACGAAACUGUUGUUGAUAUGCCUAGCGAAGAAAUCUCAAAUAAGCAACGCCUUGAAAUUUUGAGAGAACAAGAAGAACUCAUCGAGGAAGAAGCUGAAAACCCCGAUGUUGCGAACAAGGUCAAGGAUACUGCUAGUGGACCCUCUAUGUCUGCUAAGCCCAAAGACAACAAAAAAGUAUAA